AUGGACGGACCUAGGAGCCUCCUGUCCGUCCAUGACACAGUUGCUAAGAAGAGUUAUGACCCUGAACUACCUCCACUUCCUGAAGACCUUGAAAAUGAGGAUUCUGUGAAAAUUAUAAGGCUAGUCAAAAACAAGGAGCCUCUUGGAGCAACAAUCAGACGUGAUGAAGAGACAGGAGCCAUCAUUGUAGCACGCAUCAUGAGAGGAGGGGCAGCAGACAGAAGCGGAUUGAUUCAUGCUGGAGAUGAACUGAAGGAGGUCAAUGGAAUUCUUAUGGAUAACAAGAAACCAGAAGAAGUCAUUCAACUUCUGGCCCAUUCACAAGGAGCGAUCACAUUUAAAGUUGUGCCUGGUAUAAAGGAAGACACCCAAAUCAGGGAGCCAAAGGUGUUUCUGAAAGCGCUUUUUGACUACGACUCUAAAAAAGACAGCACCAUUCCGUGUAAGGAAGCAGGGCUGGAAUUCAAGAAGGGCACCAUCCUUCAGAUACUGAGCCAAGAGGACGCCACUUGGUGGCAGGCCAAACAUGAGGGUGGUGCCAACUCCUGUGCUGGCCUUAUCCCAUCCAAACAGUUCCAGGAGCGGAGAUUUGCAUUGCAACAGCCUGUUUCAACUCUUCCAAUCCAGCAGACCUUGAGCAGGCAAUCAUCGCGCUCGACUGUUUUCAGGAGCAGCUUCCGUCUCAGCUGGAGAACUAGAAAAACCAACAAGUCCAUGUACGAGUCCAAGAAGAGUGAAAUGUAUGAUAUGGCUGACGUGCCCACAUAUGAGGAGGUUGCCCUCUACCGCAGACAAAGUGGAGCUAAACACAGACUAGUGGUCCUAGUGGGUCCUGGAGGAGUCACAGUUGGUGAGAACCAGCUAUAACAAAGGUUAUUGUUAAGCGACCCUUACAUGUUUUCAUUAGAGAUUAGUCAUACAAGUCGAGCUAAGAAGACCUAUGAGACAGAAGGUGUGGAGUAUCACUUCAUCUCCAAACACCUAUUUGCAGCUGAAAUUCAUAACAACAAGUUUAUUGAGUUUGGUGAGUACAGAGGAAAUUACUACGGUACAAGUUUGGACUCAAUCCGUUCUGUCCUCUCCAAAAACAAAGUGUGCCUGAUAGAUGUCCAGCCUCAUACAUUAAAGCAUCUGCGGACUGCUGAGUUCAAACCAUUCAUUGUGUUUGUAAAGCCUCCAAGCAUCGACAGAUUGAGGGAGACCCGAAAAAACGCCAAAAUUGUAUCAAGUAAAGAUGACAAAGGAUCGUCUAAGCCAUUCACAGAGGAGGACUUUCAGAAGAUGGUGGACACUGCCCAGAUGAUGGAGAGCCAUUAUGGCCAUCUGUUUGAAAUGGUUAUAGUCAAUGAUGACCUCGCUACAGCCUUCAGUGAACUGGAGCAAGCCCUAAAGAAAAUGGAGACAGAGACUCAGUGGGUUCCAGUCAGCUGGAGUCAUUCCUGA